AUGAGCGACACUUCUUAUGAGCCCGACGACGCCGAGUCCGAGUCCGACUUUGAAUCGCGCGCUUCUGACAGACGCUCGCCAACACCCGAACAGACUAUAAAUGGAAUAAUACAAGACGAAUAUAACGAACCAGCUCUCGAUAAUGUCUCCGAUAAAAUCGAAUGGGGACUCGGCGAGGUGCUUGGGUCCCGCGUCCCGCUGUUGCGCGCUUCGCUCCAUCUCCUCGGACCUUACAACAAGCUCCUGGCCGAACUGAAGACCGGUCUCGACUAUGCUGCAACUAAGGAGGAUGACGAGGUAUUUGAAGUCAGUCAGCUUGGAUCUGUGAUCUGGACUUCUACGGAAAAAGAGGUCUUCUUCAACAGCCUUGAUCGAAAAGGCAAAGGCGGCAUCCGAGAGCUCGCGACUGCAAUUGGAACCAAGUCUGAGCUGGAAGUUUCGGAAUACAUCAGGAUUUUGCAUCAGAAGCUGGAAGCUCACAAUGCGUCUGAUCCACAGUCCAGAGCAGCCAUCCUGGGUGAAUUCCCAUCUGCUGCGCAGGUCAGCCAGGAGUCUAAUGCGCUACUUGAUGAGUAUGCGGAUCUGGCGGUCCUCAAAGAGUCCCUUACUGAAGCCUCGGCUGGAAGGGUGCAGCAUGGAGACAACUGGAUUAUCACCGAAUCUCGUGCUCAGGAUCUAGCCGAGGACGAGGGUGAGAACAACACAAUUCGAGGUGAUCUGCGUCUAGCAGCCGAUAUGUUCCACCUCCGUAAUUGGAUCCGGAUGUCUAGAAACCUACUUAUGAAUUAUGGUGGUUCAAAGAAAGAGGAUAAUUGGUUCCACCUUUCUGUAUCACCGACAAAUAUCACUGCCCAACACCAAAUGCCGUCAAUAACUGCAGGUAGUGCCAUUGACCUCUACGCCCUGACAGUCAGCGUCACACGCCGCUUGGUCCAGUCAUCGCUCUUUUUUGCAAUGUCCCGUUUGCGAACGAUGAGCCGUCGUGGUCGGGAUAGAGCCAGUGCAGUCCGAACACAGGAUGUUCGCGCUGCCAUCGAGGUGCUAAACAUGAAACACAAAUCACCCUGCUUUGUUGAAAUCGCUCGUCGGAAUCAAUUGGUCAUAGUAGACAAUCAUCAUCGCAAGGGCUUCAAAAUCAAAAGGUUCAGCUACGAGGAGGCGGAGAAAGCCCUAACAGACAAGGACUAUUUCCAGCCCCGGGAAGCAACAAAGAAUGGCGAGAACGGCGAAGAGGAAGAAGAAGAAGAAGAAGAAGAAGAAGAAGCAGAAGAAGGAGAAGAAGCAGAAGAAGGAGAAGAAGGAGAAGAAGAAGAACAAGACCAAGAAGCAGAUUAUGAUAGCGAGGAUAGAAACAGCGAAGACGCCAGCGGCGAAGACAACUACGAUGAGGAGGACGAUGACAUGGAAGAAGAUGACGAAGAAGAUCUCGAUCCAGAUCUCAUACCGACUGGAGAAACCGACGAACCCCCUCAUCCACCCUCAGCAACAACAUACCCCGACGAACACGAAUCAGCCCUGGACCCAGAAGAACAGCACGCAGAUAUGGUAGACGCAAACCACGACCGUCGCGACGAAGCCCACAUCCUGCAACUAAUAGAACAACCCAUUCCAGCGCAUCUCGCUGAGCCAAUCAAAGCAGAAGACGCCGAGGACGAAGCCUCCAAACAAGCCCCCGAGCGAUGCGCCAGAGAAGAACUCGUUGACUGGCGGGCUCGGACUCUCUACCGCAGUGAUUGGGAGGAAUAUGGAUAUGAUUAUCCUGAUCUGGAAGCAGAAGUGGAAAUGCCUCCGCGGAAACGGACCAGAUUCAACGAGUCCCUGUCUCCGUCUCCAUCCGAUGGAGACCUGGUUGGUUAUGGUAGUUCUUCCGGUGAUGAUGGAGAACUUUCUGCAGGUGAACCAGCCCUGCCGGCUGGUGAAGAGAGCUGGCUUGGCUACUAUCGUACGCAUUUUGGACAAUCACAGCCUCUUGAUCAGAAGUUUGAUCAGAAACCCGCCGGUGGCGACUGA